AUGGGAGCAAGCGAGUCUGUAGCAAGUAGCAUAGACAACAUUGAAAGAGCAUAGUAGAAUGGAGAUAAUCUUCAAUUUGUUUAACAGAUUAAUAAUGUGAGAUAUGGAGAAGCAAAAGUGGUAUAGAAUAUAGAAACAAAUAAAAAGUAUGCUAUAAAGACGUUUGUUCUUUCAAAUAAAGGUGAGUUUAAAGAACUCUUCUAAUAAGCGACAAAUAAAUAACAGUAAAUGUAAAUACCAUCUAUAGUGAAUAUUAUUGAUAUAAAAACUGAAAUUAAUGAGCACUUUUGUUCUAAUUUUUAUAAGGUGAUUAUUGUUUAUGAGUAUUUUGAUAACACUCUUGAGAAACUAAUUACUAUGAACAAAAAUCAAUAAACGCCCUUUAACGAAUAGGACAUCUAUUUUCUAAUUGAUUGCAUACUUAGUGCUCUAAUGUGUAUGCAUUACAGCACUUUCAAUCACUGUGAUAUUAGACCAAAAACCAUUUUAGUUUCACCUGAUGGAUCAUAUAAAAUAACAGAUAUGAACUUCCUAUAUAAUCAGUAACCGACUCCUUACAAAUAAACUGUUUUAGGAGCAGCUACCUAUCACAAAAUGUAUCUGUCACCAGAAAAACUUAUUGCAAUUAAAAACAGAGAUUUGUAAAAAAUACAAGAAUAUAUUGAUGAUUGGCAGAGAGGAGAUGUGUUUAGCUUAGGUCUAGUUGCCCUUGAAAUGGCAACUCUUAGAGAUAUUACAUAAGAAGUUAUUGACUAUGAAACACUAGAAAUAAGAAAGAAUGCUUUAGAUGAGCUAUUAGAAAUUGUUAAGUCAAGGUACUCAUUCAAUUUAUAUUCUUUGAUAUCUUAAAUGUUAGAGCUUGAUUACACUAAAAGGAAUGAUUUCUAUAAAUUGGCUGAAUUUCUUACUCCUCAAAGCUAAUAAGAUAGCAUUUUAUCUCUGCAAAGUAACUAACUUCAUAAUAACUAAAUAAAAGAGUUCAUGCUAAGUGACAGCAAUCAGAAAGGAAAGAUUUACUUAGAUCAACAUAAAAAGGAAGCCUCUGGAAAAAAAGUAACUUAAUUUGAUGAAACAUCAAUAAGAUAGUCUACUAUAGCUAUGGAAACAAAUGAAACCACAAGAGCAGAUAUUAAUAAGAUGAUGGUUAAUAAUUAAAAAUCUGAAGUUUUUAAUCGCUAUAAGAUUAAAUUACCUCAGAAUAUUAAAAACAUCAACAAAGUAGAAAAUUAAAUGCACAACCAAGAAAACUUUUAAGCAUUUUCCUAGUAAGAAUUUAUUACACAUUCAAAAUCUCCUAGGCUUCUACAUGAAAAUAACAAUUCCAAUAGAAACUACUAGCCUAUCAGCUAGAAAAACAAAUAGAUAGCAGCAACUAAAGAAGCAAGUCCUUAUAAAAACAUUGAAAAUAAAGAAAAUAUGAUUUCAUACAAAAUUGAAAGACAGAAUAACUUGCUGACAUAGCUUUAAAAGCUAGAUGUUAAAGUUAAUGACAUCUUAGAAUAAUCACAGACCAUAAAAAAUUAGUUUAAAUCAAAAAAAAUAGAAGAAUCAAUUAAGUAAGGAGAAGAUGUUGAAGAGCAAGAUAUUUAUAAUGUAAUAGAAUAAAAGAAAAAAACUAUCCGAAAUCUUAAAAUUGAAAAGGAUAACAUUCUCUCAAGCCAAAAUAGCUAAAAGAACCUAUUUUAAAAUUAAGAACACCCCUCUUAAAUCUCUCCUAAUCAUUACGCUCCAUAUAGCAAUAAAUAUAUUGCAUCUCCUAGUUCUUAAAAUAGCAGCUUCUUAAGAUACGCAGAAUCAAAUAGAAGUAAAAGAGAUGAAGCUUCUCCCUACUCAACGAAAUACUUAAAUUAAAAAUCAAAAUCUCCUCUUUCUUCUAAUAAUUACUACCAGCCUAACCAAUAUUUUGAAAGUAAAAACCACAAGAGACAGUCAUAUAGAGCUUUUCAAGAUUUCACUUAAAAAAAUCCUUACUCCCAUCUCAAUAAGGCUAGCAACAAUAAAAUAAUGGAUACCUCUCCAAUAAGAAUCAUUGACAGAAAAUUAACUGAUCAAUCUUUAGUGAAUAAUAAAGAAUAAAAAUAAUAUCUUAUAACAGAUAAAAACUAUAACUUUUAGAAAGCAUAUGACUAUAGAAGUAGAAAUCAUUCUCCAAUACUUUACAAACCUCAUUCUAACUUGAAUAGCUAAAAUACUUCCUAUAUGUAAAAAGGCAGCAAUCAAGAUAUUAGCACACUUUCAAAUCAAAAUAAGUCUAACAUCACACUCUAUGAACUGUAUCUUAGAGACUAUGAGAAUAUGAUUUAAAAGACUUAAGAGUAAUAAAACACUUAGAAUUGA